AUGAUCGUCGGGAGGAAAGGGGUUUCACGCUCCGCAAAAACGGGAAAAAUUAAAAGCGUCUAUUGCGAAAAUUUUGUCACCUACGGGAAAUGUGUUUUUCAUCCAUCUGAAUAUCUAAAUGUUAUAAUUGGACCUAAUGGUACCGGAAAGUCAACAUUAGUAUCUGCUAUUGUUCUUGGUCUAGGUGGUGAUCCGAAGAUUCUAGCGCGCUCUAGUUCGAUUGGGGACUAUGUAAAAAAUGGAUGCGAAUCGGCAAAAGUACUUGUGGAAAUUUUUGACCAAUGCGAUGACACGACAAAAUUUCAACGCAGAUUUGAUUUACAUGGCAAGUCCCAGUAUUUCGUCAACGAUCAAGCGGUGGCUCAAAAAAAGUUUUUGGAAUGUGUAAACAAUUAUAAAAUUCAAAUCGGGAACCUAUGCCAAUUUCUACCACAGGAUCGGGUUCAGGACUUUGCUAAAAUGAAUCCUCAAGAAAUUCUUCUAAAUACCAUAAAUUCUGUAUGUAGUCAAGAUGUAAUCGAAAAUUUCCAAAAGCUUAAGGACCUUCGUAAAACUCAAGAAAAUGGAAAAUCUGAUUAUAAAAAUUUAAAACAAAAACUUGACAGCACAUUGGUUCGGGUGGAAGAAUUAAAAGUUCAGUUGGAACUUUUCAAUGUCCGUAAAGAUAUUCAAGAUAAACUUAGUGUUUGCAUGGCGAAGAAGCUUCGAUUGGAAAUUGAAGAAAUUCAAAAUAAACUAGCUGAUCAUGAAAAUGACUUGGUAUUGGCAAAAGAACAAUUUGCAGCUAAUGAACGGGAUUACCAAAAUGUUUUACAAAAGCAAUCUAUGAUCGAUACUACGACAGAAAAGUUUAAAAAGGAGAUUGAAGAGAAGAAACGAAAGAGAGAUUCAAAUGAGCGCCAAAAUGAGAUUAAAAAGGAGGUAAAGAUGCUACAGGUUUACGCGCAAGACUUGAAAAUACUUAACACUGAAGAAAUGUCGAACCCCAAUCGUGAGCAACGGCUUAGGGAAUAUGAUUUGAAAAUGGAACAGUUAAGACAAGCAAUAAACCAUUUAAAUCAAGAACACAGAAAUAUACAGAAUAAGUUGGAAGAGAACAUACCAGAGAUACAAUCUUUGAAAUCUCGUCUAGAAUCUUUGGAGAACGUUAGCGAGCAAAAAAUGAAGUAUUUAAGAGAUAAGUUCCCUGAUGUGUAUAAUGCUGUUAGAUGGAUAGAUGAGAAUGCAGAUAUGUUUGAAGGGAGAGUUUACAAACCAGUUAUUCUUGAGUUGACAGUGAUGGAUCAAAAUUAUGCUAAAUAUUUGGAGAACAUUAUAAAUAUAAGAGAUUUGCUGGCUUUUUCAUGUGAAAGUGCAUCCGACUUGUCUCUAUUAGCCACAGAAUUAUGUUCUAAGAGAAAGUUACAAGUUAAUAUUUGCCACGCGCCAGUUCCAUCGGAUUCGAUAUUCACGCCGAAAAUACCCAUCGAUGAAAUACGGCAAUAUGGGUUUAAAUCAUAUCUGAUAAACUUAGUAAAUGGACCACGUGCUGUAUUGGGUUGCCUCUGUUCAUUAUACAAUUUGCAAAACAUUCCAUAUGGGAACGACAACGUAAAUAGUUGCACUGAUCAAAUCCCUCAUGACAUUCGAAGUUAUUUUGGCGGCGACAAUCACUUUACCCUUACAAUUUCCAGAUAUGGCCAAAGGGAAGCGUCUCUUAUGCAAAGGACAAUUUCUUCCAAAGGCUUACUCUGCAGUAGAAAUGACAUCGAAAUAAACGCUAUAAAGUCCAGAUUAAAUGAACUGACACGAAAAGCGGAUAAUUUACGAAACCAGCGGAAUGAAAUUGAAGUUAAAAUACGCGAAAAGAAAAUACGCUACGAGGAGGUUUUUCAAGUGAAAAAGGAGCUUCAAGCGAAAGAAAUUGAACUCAAGCAAAAAAUUGUUCAAUUGGAUCGACAGCAGAAAAAGAUUGAAACACUUAAAAGAGAUGCUAUUGUUACUCCCGAGGUUGAGGAAGAAUUCAAACAGACAUGUAAAAAGGCAAUAGAGGAAAUACUAAAACUCCAAAAAGAAAAAAUUGAAGUUCUCAAAGCAAUUCAGAAGGCAAUGGAAAGCAAAUCAUACUCUACGAGCAAAUUUUCCAUCUUUAGAUUAGAGAACGAUGAGAUUGUUGGUGUCAUUUCCGCUACAAAAGAGAAAAGAGAUACUUCUAAGAAUCGUGUAGAAGUUAUUAGUAAUAAAUGCAACAAUCUUAAAAGAGAUGUGAAACAAAAACUGUCCGAGACCCUAAAAUACACCAAUCAGAUGGAGCCAACAGACAGAAAAUAUCCCUACAAACAGUUCUAUAAUAGUUUAACUGGUAGUCUUGAAGAAUUGCGUGAUAUUAUAAGUGAUCUUAGUGGACGUUUGGACUGCAUGGAUAAUGUUAAUGGUGAGAUUGUACGGGAAUACGAUGCUAAAAGAAAUGAAGUUGAGGCACUACAGAAAGACAUUGAUGCUAACUUGCAUGGCAAUGACAAUUAUUUGUGCGAAAUAAAGAAAAUUUAUGACACAUGGUAUCCUAUUGUUAAUCAAGUCGUAACGACUAUCAACGACCAUUUUGGACAGUUCAUGGAAUCAAUGGGUUAUGUUGGUGAAGUGAAGUUAGUUUACAAAGAAGAACAUGACUUUGAAUCAUAUGGUAUAGAGAUUUUGGUGCAGUAUCGUAAAAACGUACCACUUCAAGCUCUGAAUCGUCAUGUCCAGUCUGGUGGGGAGAGAGCUGUUGCCAUCGCUGUAUACACAAUGUCCAUGCAACAUAUAACACAUGUACCAUUCCGAUGUGUUGACGAAAUAAACCAAGGUAUGGAUGCCCGAAAUGAAAGAAAAAUCUUUGAAAUGUUGGUAGACGAAACAACAAAAACAGGAAAUGCUCAAUAUUUCUUUGUAACGCCUAAGCUUUUACCAAAAUUGAAAACUAACGAGAGAAUGACUGUUCACGUCGUCUUCAAUGGACGUAUGGUUCAAUCACAAAAGGCGUUUGCUGUUAUCUAA